UUGACCUUAGUGAUCUGACGGUGUUGAGUGAAAGUUGACGGAACAAUAAGUCGACCUUAUUGAUCUGACAGUGCUGAGUAGAACCUGCAAGCAAAGACGAAGUUGGCCUUAGUGAUCUGACGGUGCUGGGUGAAAGUUGAAACCUACAAGCAAGGACAAAAAUUGGUCGCAGUGAUCUAACUGUGCUGAGUGGAAGGAUCGUUGCUCAACGAGUUCAAGUUACUACUCAUACAAAUGCCAAAGCCAGUUUUAGGACCAGAACGGCGCACCAACCCCUUAAUUUGGUGUGCAGCCAUAAUCUGCACACUCUUGACCAUAGCCGUGAUCAUCACGGGUAUGGUCGUAUUCAUUGGCUACAUGGUCAUUAGACCAAAAGUCCCACAAAUGAGUGUAGUAAGUGCCCAUUUAGACAAAUUCUCCUAUGACAUGGCUAGUGUCCUAGUAGUCAGAGUCUCAAUUGUUAUCAAAGCUGAAAAUGACAAUUCAAAAGCCCACGCAAGUUUCUACGCAACAAGUUACACACUUAGUUUCCAUGGUGUUAAAAUAGCAUAUUUGAAUGCUGCUCCUUUUGAUGUCCCUUCAAAUAGGUCAAUUGACUUGUAUUAUCCAGUCGAAUCGUCGCCGAUACCAUUGAAACCUGAAGAAGGAGAAGUUGCUGAACUCUAUUUGAGGAGAGGACAAGUUGUUUUUGAUAUAAGAGGGAAUACAAGAACUAGAUGGAGAGUAGGGAUACUUGGUUCUGUUAAGUUCUGGUUGCACUUAAAUUGUCAACUUAAGUUUCCUUUGAAUGGAACUACAAUUUACCCAAGAUGCAGCACAAAGUCCAAAUGAGAUGUUGGAGUUCAACUUAGGUAUUUUGUUUAAUAGUUAUUCACUUUGAUUGCAUGAUUAUAGAGUAUUAUGGCAAGAUAAGGGUGCUACUUGUUUGGCCUUUCCUCGAAGCUCACGCAUAUAGCAGAAAUUUUCCUCGAAGCUCAUGCAUAUAGCAGAAAUUUAAUGCACCAGAUUGCUCAAUGCUACUUACCUUCUUGUUUUGCUUA